AAUGUUUUACAUUUUCUAGUGGUCAUCUUACCCAGGCAGGGGCAGCAGUAGGCAUUGACUUCACUUACAAGAGUGACAGGUUUCCCUACACACUUCCUGCCCAUGUGCUUCAGGAGUAUGCCAAAAAUAUGGAUGGAGGGAAUAAACAAAAUGAUGUGGCUGAACGCCUGUUCAAGAGUUACUUCACAGAUGGCAUCCAGCCAAAUUUGGACACAAUCCUGAAGAUAGCCAGGGAGGUGGGUUUUGAUGAGACUGAGGUGAGGAAUUAUGUGACAGACCAGCACAAUAUAGAUGUCACCAGAGAGAAGGCCUUAAGCUGGUCAAGAAAAGGGGUUACAGGGGUGCCAUGCUUCUACAUGAAUGGACAGAGAACGUUUUCAGGAGCACAAGAUCCUCCCGCUUUUCUACAGAUGUUCGAUAUUGUGGCAAAGAAUUCUGCCAAUAUGUAAAUUAGGCUUAAAAGUGAACAAAUGAAAAACUGCUAGAUGUUGGCUGUUCAAAUUGUAUGAAUGUUAUGAUAUAAUAUAAUCUUGAUAUGAACAUUUAACUGAUGGAAUGUGACACUUAUAGGAGGGAAUUAUAUCGUAUAUCGUAGAAUUCCCUGCUUAUAGCAAGGAACAGUAGCACCAAUGUGACCAUUGAAUGCCUACAUUCCAGAUGUAACAAACCAUACAUGUUUUUAUGAAGCUUUUGUCAGUAAAUGGUUAAUUCUGAUGAAGCAGAGGUCUUUGACAGGCUUGGUUUGUUACAGUUGGAGGAAAACAGAUCUGGCAACAGGAUCAGGAAAACAGUUAAGAACGAACUGAAGAGGUAACAACUGAAUUACUGUGCAAUGUGUUGCAUCAUUUACAAAGAUAGAAAUUAUCUCUAUUAUUUAUUCAAAAACAAAUAAAUGAACCAAAAUAAUAACUUUUAAUACAA